UAUAAACUCCAUGCUAUUUCUUCAACCAUUGCAAAUGUGUCUGACUCGAACAGCCUCCUGUUGACACACUUUCCCUGUUUCCCAUAGGACGCUGUCGUUGGAUGUGUUCUAUUAUCCAGACAGGAGUGCCAUCCCUACUCCCGCUACUUCAGACUUAGGCUGGCUGACUGUCAAGGUUGUCCACCGGCACCGCACUGCCACCAACUCGACCGGACCUGAACAUUGGCUUGAUUGUGUGCUCAGGACUCAACGAUGGGGAAGGACGCCGCAAGAGCAGAGUGGGACAAUCCCAUGCAAUUUGUCCUGGCGUGUGUAUCAUACGCGGUUGGACUGGGAAAUGUGUGGCGUUUUCCAUACUUGUGUCAAAUGCAUGGCGGGGGUGGGUUCCUGAUCCCAUACCUGCUUAUGCUGGUCCUGUUAGGGGUACCRCUGUUCUACAUGGAGUUAGCCAUUGGCCAGAAGAUGCGUCUGGGCAGCAUUGGAGCAUGGAGAGCUAUUAGCCCCUAUCUGGGGGGAGUGGGUCUGGCCAGUGUUGUGACCUCCAUGUACCUAUGCCUCUAUUACAAUGUCAUCAAUGCAUGGAGUUUCUGGUACCUCUUUCAUUCAUUCCAGUCGGUCUUGCCAUGGGCAGAGUGCCCGGUUAACAGCAACCUGACUGGCCAUGUGGAGGAGUGUGAGCGYGCCACGCCCACACAGUACUUCUUCUACAGGGAGACCCUGGACAUCUCCGGGUCCAUUGAGGAGAACGGAGGGAUUCACAUGGGACAGGCGCUCUGCCUCCUGCUGGCCUGGAUGAUUGUCUACCUGUUCAUCGUCAAGGGGGUCAAGUCCACCGGGAAGGUGGUGUACUUCACAGCCACAUUCCCCUACCUGGUCCUCAUCAUCUACCUCAUCCGUGGGGUCACCCUUCACGGAGCCAUCAACGGUGUGAAGUACAUGUUCACGCCCAAGAUGGAACAGCUGGCUAACCCUACGUGGAUCAAUGCGGCCUCAACUUUCUUCUCUCUGGGCCUGGGCUUUGGAUCCCUCAUCGCCUUUGCCAGCUACAACCAGUACAACAACAACUUUGAGAAGCAGGCCAUCGUCGUGUCCAUGGUCAACAGCAGCACCUCCAUCUUCGCCAGUAUCGUCACCUUCUCCAUCUAUGGCUUUAAGGCCACCUUCAACUACGAGAGCUGCCUGGAGAGGGUGCGACUGCGGCUCCUGAACACCUUUGAUCUAGCAGAGGACACCAUCAGUCUGGAGAGUGUCAACCACUGGAUCGCUGAGCUGAACAGGACACAACCAGAACAGUUUGCCAGUCUGGGAGGUAGGCUGGAGACCUGUGACCUAGAGGCUGAACUAGACACGAAAGGAUGUAGAAGACAUGUUAGGUCAUCAUGUCAAUACUCCUGCAACCUUUCCCUCUCCAGGUUUGAGAAGGAUGUAGAAGACAUGUUAGGUCAUCGUCUUAACUGGUACUGGAAGAUCAUGUUGGCAGGAGUCAGUCCCAUCCUCCUCAUUGCAUUAUUCCUCUUCUACAUCGUCAACUACAUCCAGGGAGGAACACCCACAUACCAGGCCUGGAACAAAGAACUGGGGAAGUCUGUGGUGACGGAGUAUCCUCCCUACGCCCAAGCCUUCAUCGGCCUCCUCCUAGCCUCCUCUGUCUGCUGUAUCCCUUUGACGGCCCUCUACACCUACUGUAAGAAGAGGAACCUGGCCAGUGGGAAGAGAGAGCGCACUGUCAGCACUGUGUCAGCGUAAAGACCGACGUAUUGGUUGACAGACGGAGUGACACAAGGCAGAGCUGCUACAUUACGGCUCUGAGACUGACUGGACCCGCUAGUUAUAGGAUCGACUGAUCGACAGCCUACCGUCCGUAUCAUGGUUGUCUUAACAGGACGGUACCUCACCCUCCUGGUGCGGUGGUUCAUGCCACACCACAAACCAAAGGCCCUCUUUCUCCCCCUGGGGCAGACUGGCUCUGCCGCUGUGCUGCUGGUGGACAGACGGGCAGAUCUGUACCUAGCAUUAGCCCUAGUCGUUCUUUGGCAUCUAACACUUACUGGGUGAUAAUAGUGAACUUUUGUAUUUUGUAGUUGUGGUUCUGAGCAGGGCUUAGAACUACAUCCAAAAUAUUUCAGAAGUGAAAAACGAUCAAAUAAUCUUGUCAAUGGUUUAUUGCAUUGUUUAAAGGCCCAGUGCAGUAAAAAAAACAUGAUUUCCUGUGUUUUGUACAUAUUUCCAGGCUAUG